ACUACUUCUCCCUCUCCUUUUGGCUGCUACCAGGACCGAAGCAGAUGUGAGAGUUUAUGCUGCUCUUCUAGGAGACAGGUCUGCCAUCAUCUCCAGCUGUGUCGGAAUCUGUCACUUUAGUGAAAAGUGAGGAGUUGAUCUCAGAGGGCUCAAGCUCACUGACUUGCCAGGUCCUCCCACAACAGCAGGGAGAGUCAGAAGAAGUAUCCACGCCUCCCAAUGCAUUGGGUGCAACAACGUGAUGCCUAAACACCAAGCCCAUUUAUGAUGGAUUGGUCUCUGUGGAAAUCCUGAGUGCUAAAACAUACAGCAAGACUGAUUCUUGUUCUCGUCACCAUGGAGAUAUUACUUCGUGCCAAGUGUUUUCAGCGCCUAGCAAUUCCUGGUUCUGUGAGACCAUUGCAUAACGAUUACAGACUAGUGACCCCUCAGAAUUUCUCCAACUAUGAUUCCAUAAAACAGGACUUCAAACUGGAGAUUCCUGAAUAUUUCAACUUUGCUCAAGACGUCCUGGACCAAUGGACUAAUGUGGAAAAGGCUGGAAAGAGACCUUCCAAUCCAGCCUUCUGGUGGAUAAGCGGAAAGGGAAAAGAAGUGAGAUGGAGUUUUGAGGAACUGGGAUCUUUGUCCAGGAAAUUUGCCAAUAUACUUACAGAAGCCUGUGCUCUGCAAAGAGGAGAUCGAGUAAUUCUGAUUCUGCCCAGGAUCCCAGAGUGGUGGCUUGCAAAUGUAGCCUGCCUGCGAACAGGGACGGUUUUAAUUCCAGGAACCACUCAGUUGACCCAGAAAGACAUCCUCUACAGACUACAAUCUUCAAAAGCAAAGUGCAUUAUUACCAAUGAAGUUUUAGCCCCGGCAAUAGAUGCUGUUGCAUCUAAAUGUGAAAAUCUGCACUCCAAGCUAAUUGUGUCUCAGAACCCCAGAGAAGGGUGGGAGAACCUCAAGGAGAUGAUGAAACAUGCCAGUGAUAACCACACCUGUGUGAAGACAAAACACGAUGAGAUGAUGGCCAUUUACUUCACCAGUGGAACAAGCGGACCUCCUAAAAUGACCGGACACACCCACAGCAGUUUUGGUUUAGGAUUAUCUGUAAAUGGAAGGUUCUGGCUGGAUUUGACAUCUUCAGAUGUGAUGUGGAAUACCUCAGACACAGGCUGGGCAAAGUCUGCAUGGAGUAGUGUUUUUUCUCCAUGGAUCCAGGGAGCAUGUGUAUUUGCACAUUAUCUGCCGCAUUUUGAGCCAACUUCCAUCUUGCAGACACUCUCCAAGUUUCCCAUCACAGUCUUCUGUUCAGCACCAACUGCAUACCGAAUGCUUGUACAGAGUGAUAUGAGCAGCUGUAAGUUCAAAAACUUAAAGCACUGUGUGAGUGCUGGAGAACCAAUCAACCCUGAAGUGAUUGAACAAUGGAGAAACAGGACAGGUCUGGAUAUUUACGAAGGAUACGGACAGACUGAAACGGUGCUAAUCUGUGGAAAUUUUAAGGGAAUGAAAAUGAAGCCUGGCUCAAUGGGAAAGCCUUCUCCUGCUUUUGAUGUUAAGAUUUUAGAUGUAAAUGGCAAUGUUCUACCUCCUGGACAAGAAGGAGAUAUUGGCAUUCAAGUUCUACCUACCCGACCAUGUGGCCUAUUUACUCAUUAUGUAGAUAAUCCUACAAAAACAGCUUCAACUCUACGAGGCAAUUUCUAUAUCACUGGGGAUAGGGGCUAUAUGGAUGAAGAUGGGUAUUUUUGGUUUGUGGCAAGAUCGGAUGAUAUCAUAUUAUCCUCUGGCUACCGAAUUGGACCAUUUGAAGUAGAAAAUGCCCUGAUUGAGCAUCCUGCCAUAGCAGAGUCAGCCGUUGUCAGCAGCCCAGACCCCGUCAGAGGAGAGGUAGUAAAGGCUUUUAUUGUUCUGAAUCCCGACUACAAGUCACGUGAUCAAGAACAACUGAAAAAGGAGAUUCAGGAGCAUGUAAAAAAAACUACAGCACCUUACAAAUAUCCCCGAAAGGUAGAAUUUAUUCAAGAGCUGCCAAAGACUAGCAGUGGGAAGAUAAAAAGAAAUGAACUGAGGAAGAAAGAAUGGGAAACAAUUUAAAUCCAUUCCACUAAUUAUCAUGGUAUCUAUAAAACAAACUCUUUAGAAGCCACAAGAGUAUGCAAAAGUGAUAAAAAAUGUGAUAGUACACUUUUAAACUAUUGAUUUAAAAUAUCUUGUGGUUCUAACAUCAGAGGCUGAAUUUUGAAAUAAAAUAUUUAGUCAAUUC